AUGCAGGCAUCAGUGAUUCUGGACCAGCCCGGCAACGUCGCCUACACGAAUCUUGACCAAAUCAGCGGCAGAGUCAUCGUGAGAGCCGCCAGAAGUUCUGAUGUCUCCAAUAUCCUCGUCAAGCUGGAAGGAGAGUCGCGGACACGCUUGAUGAGUCCCAGUGGUCCACAUGGCGAAAGGCCGAAGCCGCAGGUGGAAUACCACAAAAUUCUAUACAGACUCGACAUGGUGUUUCCGCCGGGAGAAGUCGCGGAAAGCAGGAGCCAUACGUCAGGCAAGGCUAGCUACACUUUGCCCCCGGGCCAGCAUGAGUAUCCGUUCAGCUUCAAGCUGCCGUUCAAUAACAGUUGCAGCCUAAGCAGCAAUCAGACGCCUAUGGUUAUUGGUCUGGAAGUCGCCAAGCCAGCACAGCGACAUGUCAAGAAGACGUUGCCGCCCACCCUCAACGGCUUUCCAGGUGAAGCGGAGAUCAGAUACUUUAUCAAGUGUACGGUCAACCGCCACUCCAUCUUCAAGGAGAAUGCGAGAGCUUAUGCGCCUUUCAACUUCUUCCCCAUCGAGCCGCCCAGAGCACCUUCCACUGGAACUGAAGUGUAUGCAAGGCAGAAGCAUCAGUUUGAUGCAUUCCCUGGUGAUCAUGCAGCGAAAGACCGAAUGAAAGGCAUCUUCGGCAAGAAGUCGAGUGCACCUAGCUCGCCUACGAUCGGUUCUCCAGGCCAAGGGCCAGCUAUCAGUGUAGAUGCAAGAUUACCAGCGCCUGCAAUCCUGACCUGCAACAGCGAUGUUCCUCUGCGACUGAUCCUGAAGAAGCUCAAUCAUCAUGCUGGAGCUGUCUUUCUGCAGUCUUUGCAGAUCUCGCUGAUUGGGCAUACAAAGAUCCGCGCUCACAAUGUCUUCAGGACAGAGACGAAUAGCUGGAUCAUCAUGAGCAAGAGCAACAUGGGUAUAGCUGUUGGCUCGCCGAACGAUCCGAGGGAUACAGGGACUGUACUGGACGACAGAAUGUGGCGUGGCCAGUCACUGCCUAACACUGUCGCCCCUGGUUUCGAAACAUGCAAUAUCGACCGCUUUUAUCAGCUCGAUAUCAGGAUAGGCCUCAGCUAUGCAGGAGAUGGGACUUCGAAGCCACAAAACAUCGUUCUUCCCUUGAGGCUGGACACGCUUGUCUACUCUGGCAUUGCUCCACCACCGGAAGUCCUCGCAAGAAUGGCAGAGGCCAAACAGCGUAAAGGAGAGACCCCUAUGGCGAGCGAGCUCAGGACCGAAGGUCGAUUGGACUCAGAUUUUGGCGCAAACCAAAUCCCGCCAACUCCGAUCGAAGCAGAAGGCUCUACGGCACCCUUAUUCCCAGCUCGGACAGGGGUCGCAUCGGCAGAAGAGAUCGCUGGAGAUGCGCCGCCAAGCUACGAAGAUGCUAUUGCUUCGGAUCUGCCACCUGUUGUGGCACCAAGGCCGACAUAUGCGCCGCCGCCAGCAUCGGAGGAUCCGCUGUUAGCCAGUGACGAGAAGAAGGGUUGGCAUUGA